UUAGUUAUACCAAUUAUGUUAUGCACUUUCACAAAGAAUUUUCGCAGAUAUGAACGUGUGCAUCGAGAUAAUUCUAAAGAUAUUGGUCAACUUAUUAGUAUUACAGUUCAUGGUUAUACAUGCCGAAUAUGAUGAUGACGAUACUACGGAACAACCUGAAGAAGAGUGGCAUAUGGAUUUUAUGCCUACCGGAUAUCUCCCUGAUAGCGUUUACAGAGAGCUUGCCUGGUACGGCAUCCUUCAAAUUCAACCAUUACAUCAUAGCACUAAGCAUAAAGUUGCCGCUCAGCUUAUAUGGCAGCACACUCUUGGAAGACCUCAUGUCAUCAUGGAAAGCUCUCCUCAGUCAACCCAAUCAGAAGGUAAAAUAAGUAGGCAGAUACUAGCCGAAGAAGCAGCAAAGUGGUCGAGGGAGCAACGUGCAGCGCAAGAAGUGCUAAUGGAAAACAUUAAGAGUGGAGGCAAUGGACUAACUGUAAGAACAGUCAUAACCAAACGUUACAAAACGAUUUAUAUUAUUCAGAAUGGUAACUAUUACGAAUGCCCUGAAGGAUCUGAACCAGAUCUUGAUGCUUAUCGAGUGCAAGCAAACAUGCACGAACGGAAAUGUACUUUUGGGCACAGUUCUACUCCGGUACCUGUCGAUCCUUGUAUUGAAGCUGAGGUGGCACCGAUAGAAUACUCGUUCCAUGAAGGGUGGAUGUUCUGUCUUGGAAAUGGAGAUCGUGAGAAUAAUUACUUUCAAAACGGUACUUUGGACUGUGGUAAUAAGACAAAGAUAUCAGUCAACGAGUUUUUAGAAAGAUGCGCAAUAGACAACAAUAUUGUUAUCUCCUUUGAUUAUUUCGGCGACGAGCCCAGGAAAGAUAUGAUGCAUAACGCAACUCUUUGCACAACUUGGGACCCGUGUAAAUUGUCAUAUUUGUACAGGCUAGAGCCUCCACCAGCGGAAUUAAGUCCCGCUUUCCCGUCUGAAACGGAAAAUCCUUGCGAUACUACUGUGUGUCCCGAGUGUGUUGUUGGAUAUACUGGUGAUGAGGGUGUAGCAAUUAAUUUGGGCGAUUGAAUAUUUGAAUAAGAAAUUAAUAAAGUGAGAUUUAUAAAAGU